AGGUCCAUUCCAUCAACAGCCACAUAAGCUGCAACAAACAAAUUCCAAUCUCCUUCUCUCUUCCCCCCUGAAUCUGACCAGUCCUUUCUUCUUACCUUAAACAAGAUUCAACGAAAACAAAUAACAAUUUUAAUUUACUUUCUUCUCAAAUUCCAUGGCUGCAAACCCUACUUGGGCUUACGCACCAUUUUUAUUCAUUUCCUCUAUCUCUCGUGUUUUUUAAGGGUUUUCCCCAACCUGGCUCCAUCAUAAUAUUAGUUUUUCAUCUGGGUUCGUAUCAAAAUUCGUGCCUUUCCCAUCUGGGUCUCGGCAAAAUCCCCGCUUUUCUCAGAGAUCUGACGCUCUCGAGGUGAAAUCUUGAGCCUUUCUUGUUCUCCUUUUGGGCCCAAGUGAUGCUCUGCAGAGAUGGCGAAUCUAGUACCUGGAGUAUUACUGAAGCUUCUUCAGCACAUGAACACCGACGUUAAAGUCGCCGGAGAACACAGGUCGUCUCUCUUGCAGGUUGUGAGUAUAGUCCCUGCUUUAGCGGGAGGCGAGCUAUUUCCGAAUCAAGGGUUUUACCUCAAAGUCUCAGAUUCGUCCCAUGCGACAUAUGUGUCUUUGCCUGAUGAACAUGAUGAUUUGAUUCUCAGCGAUAAGAUCCAAUUAGGUCAGUUUAUUCAUGUUGAUAGGCUUGAAUCGGCCUCUCCUGUUCCGAUUCUUCACGGUGUUAGGCCUGUUCCUGGUAGGCAUCCCUGUGUUGGUAGUCCCGAAGAUAUUGUAGCUACUCAUUCACCAGGGUUUCUCAGUGAUAACAAUGUGAAUGAUAAUGGUGCUGGUAGUGGCAAUGGCUCCUCUGGUUCGAAACACGGGGAGAAAGAGAAAGAGAAAGCCAAGACAUCUUCUAAAGGAGCUGCUGGUAAUGGGAGUGUCGGUGAGAAGGAGAAACCAGCGGGGAGUAGGCUUAGUGUUAGUUCUAGGGAUGAACAUUCUGAUAGUAAGAAGCCAGUGGUUACGGGUUUGACUCGGACAAGGUCACAGUUAGGGAAGUUGACUUUGGAUGUGAGGAAAGAAACGUUGGGGAAGCUGAAGACUUCGGGUUCGAAGUCGAUCCCUUCUUCGCCUACAAGCUGUUAUUCGUUGCCUACUUCAUUUGAGAAGUUUGCGAAUGGGGUGAAACAUCAGCAGCAGGUGAAGGCUAAGGUGUUGGAGAGGGGCUCUCCUCGAUCGACAUUGCCAGAGAAGGGGAGGUCCCAUCUAAAGGCUGAAAGUCCGAGCUUGGGGAAAAAGCUCCCCAUGAUUAGAAAUUUCGUUCAGGGGAUCGAGUUUGGGGCCAAGGCACUGAGGAAGAGUUGGGAAGGUAAUAUUGAAGUGAAGAGUCGGGAUAGCACGAAACUGAAGGCUGGAAAGCGUGAUUCAACCCCUGAUUCCCGUAGUUUAUCAGCCCCGAGGAAAAGCACAUCGAGCGAGAAGUUGCCGACCAAAGAGGACAGGGCAAAUAUAUUUUCGAGAUCAUCGAAGGAGGAGAAUAAGAUUCAGCCAACCAAAAAGGUGGGGGCAAAUGGAACACUGGACGACAAAGAUAAGAUGGGUAAGCCAAAAGCGACACCCCUUGGAAAGAAAUCAAAUGCGGAGCAAACGACUAAUGGGUUGCCCGGGAAUUUGGUCAAAGUCCCUGUAAACGGUAAAAGAUUAGCGGAUGCAAAUAUCCAAUGGGGUUCGCUCCCUUCUUCUCUAUCAAAGCUAGGAAAGGAAGUCUUGAGGCAUAGAGAUGCGGCUCAAGCUGCUGCCAUAGAAGCUAUGCAAGAGGCUGCUGCUUCUGAGAGCUUACUUCGCUGCCUCAGUAUGUAUUCUGAUCUCAUGUCAACUGCUAAGGAAGAUGAUCCGCAGCCAGCGGUUGAGCAGUUCUUGAAGCUCCAUUCCAACUUGAAGAAUGUUCAAACGAUAACCGACUCGCUAUCGAAAAUAAUAUCUCCAGCAUCAUCCCCAGAAAAUGAAGAACCUAAGUCCGAGGAAGCCAUGAAAGUUGCUGCAGAAAGACGGAAGCUCGCAACCUCAUGGGUGCAGGCUGCCUUAGCCACCAACUUAUCUUCCUUCUCUGUCUACACCAGCAGCCCGGUCAAACCCGUUGCCUCGGGGAAUAAACCCAUCAUAGUCCUCGAGACCCAGGGUAAGAAUUCUGCGAGUAAAACCCGCGGGAAUGUCCAAACCCGACCAUCGGUUGGCUCCAAGCUCGUAGCUCAAGGUGUCAUCCGAAAACCUGGGGAUGGCACCGGCCAAAAGGCUGCAGCUUUGGCGGCUCCACCUCUUGAAUGGGUGAAAGGCAACGGUCUGGACGAGGCAAUCGAUCUCGUCGAGAGGUUGCAGAUGGUUUCUCAAGAUUGGUUCUUGGGUUUCGUAGAGAGGUUUUUGGACACUGAUGUGGAUACAUCACCAAGUCUGUCGGAUAAUGGGCAGAUAGCCGGGAUGCUGAGUCAGCUCAAGAGUGUGAACGACUGGUUGGACGAGAUCGGGUCAUCGCCCGGGAAAGAGGAUGGAGAAUCGCCCGAGGUUUCAGAGGAAACGAUCGAUAGGUUAAGGAAGAAGAUCUAUGAGUAUCUCCUGACUCAUGUGGAAUCAGCUGCUGCAGCUCUUGGUGGUGGCUCUGUUUCUUCUCCAAGACCCAAACCGGUCGAAACUAAAUCAAAAAGAUAAUCCGGUUUGGUUUGGUUUGGUAUUUGGCACAAUCUCCAAGGUUACGGACUAGGUAACUUAUAAUGCAAUGUGAGAGUGUAAUUUGUAUAUAUGAAUUUGGCGGUGAAAAUUUCCGGUAUAGUUUCGGUUAUUUAUCAUCUUAUCAUCGGUAUGAAGUGUACCGAUGUGAUUUAUCUCGGGUUUGUUCAUGGUAUUUAUUUUACCGGGUUGUUGGUAUAAAGAAGACGAUUUCCAUAUGAAAAGAUUUCAAUAUUUGGUUCGGUUUGAUGGA